CUCUCAACUAGAGAACCCCGGCACUGUCACUCCGCCUUGACAAACUGCAGGACGGAUUUCCAGCCUCUCCGCGGCUCUUUUGCUUUCUGUUGGUCGUUUUCCGCCCGCCUCUAGAUAAACGCAUUGGACUUGCUUUUCGUUUUUUUUGGUGCCUAUUUUUUUUGGAGGAACGGUGAAACGAUGCAGCAGCGGGGAAGGAUGCAAGUCUCACCGGUCUCCCCCUCGGAAUAACGGCCAAAGGGAUGCUGCGCUGCGCUCCUCAACCCCUCACCAACUGCGAUGGAGGCAUGCCAAGCCGUGCAAGUGACCUUUAUUGCACCAUGAAUGCAAGCUCCGCCGCUCAAAGAGGACACAAGUAACCUUUUCCUUAUUAUCGAAGAAGGAGCCGUCGAUCUGAAGCGAAGAGUUGGGAACUAGAGACCAAGACAGAGAGACAGAGAGAGAGAAGACUCUCAUCAAACAAACAGACAAACCAACUAACAAAACAACCCAAACACACAAGGACAGAAUGCCAAAGCGGUCCGAGGAGAUGCUGGUGGAUCUGUGGAUGUCCUUGCUACUGGUGUGGAUUACGUGUGUUCCUUGUGUGUCCAUGACUCCCAUCGUAGGCCAGUCCAAAAGCACACAAACUGGUGGGUCCGCAGCGGAAGCGAGCGGUCCUGCCGAAGGACAAAGAUUACUGAGCCGCGCCAAGAGAGGAUGGGUUUGGAAUCAAAUGUUUGUGCUGGAGGAAUUUUCUGGACCCGAUCCAAUUCUGGUUGGCAGGCUCCACACAGACUUGGAUGUGGGCGGCAAAAACAUCAAGUACGUGUUGGCGGGUGAGGGCGCCGGCACCAUCUUUGCCAUCAAUGAGCUGACGGGCGACAUCCACGCUAUGAAGAGGCUGGACCGCGAGGAGAAGGCCGAGUACACCCUGACGGCCCAGGUCGUCAACGCCGACACGGACGAGCCCUUGGAGCCGCCGUCCGAGUUCAUUAUCAAAGUCCAGGACAUUAAUGACAACCCGCCGCAGUUCAACGAAGGCCCUUACCGGGCCGCUGUUCCUGAGAUGUCUGCUGUUGGUACCCCGGUUACCCGGGUAACAGCAACAGAUGCCGAUGAUCCGGUGUACGGGAACAGCGCUAAACUGGUCUACAGUAUACUGGAGGGGCAACCGUAUUUCUCUGUAGAACCCAACUCCGGGACCAUAAAAAUUGCUCUCCAUGGGAUGGAUCGGGAGAUGAGAGAGGAGUACCUGGUGGUCAUUCAGGCUAAGGACAUGGGAGGACACAUGGGCGGCCUGUCUGGGACCACGACUGUCACCGUCACGCUGAUGGACAUCAACGACAAUCCACCAAAGUUCUCCAAAAGUCUGUAUGAGUUUGUGAUCCCAGAAGAUCUACCCGUAGGGAAAAUGGGCGGCAAGGUCAAAGCAAACGACAGAGACAUCGGCGAGAAUUCCAAGUCGACGUACAGCAUCAUCGAGGGCGAUGACCAAGGCAUGUUCGAGAUAGUCACAGACGGCCAAACACAAGAGGGGAUUCUUCGACUGAAGAAGCCGAUAGACUACGAGAGCAAGAGAUCCUACACCCUGAGAGUGGAAGCCACCAACGUCCGCUCCGAGCCCAGCAGCGGCGGGCCCUUCAAAGACACGGCCACAGUGAAGGUCGUGGUGGAGGACUCGGACGAACCUCCGGUUUUCCUCAAACCCGUGUACGUGCUGGAAGUGAACGAGAACGCCCCCGUCAACACCGUCAUAGGGGCGGUCACAGCCAGGGAUCCGGACUCUACUGGGAGCCUUGUCAGGUAUUUCAUUGAUCGGCACACAGACCUGGAGAGGCAGUUCAACAUCAACGUGGACGACGGGAAGAUCACGCUGGCCAAACCGCUGGACCGGGAGACGGACAUGUGGCACAACAUCACGGUGACCGCCACCGAAGUCAGAAACCACAGUCAGAUAUCAAGAGCAAUUGUGGCCAUCAGAGUGAUGGACAUUAAUGACAAUGCCCCUGAAUUUGCCACUGAAUACGAGGCUUUCCUGUGUGAAAAUGGAAAACCUGGACAGGUGAUCCAGACUGUCAGCGCGGUGGACAAAGACGACCCAAUCCAGGGCCACUACUUUGACUACCGUCUGGUCCCGGAGAUGCUCAACAACCCCAAUUUCACCAUCAAGAACAACCAAGACAAUUCAAUCAGUGUUUUGGCCAAGCACGAUACCUUCCGGCGACAGAAGCAGGAGAUGUACUUCCUGCCAAUCAUUGUGACGGACAACGGCAACCCGCCCAUGAGCAGCACCAACACCUUGACCAUCCGAGUGUGCGGGUGCAGUAAGGACGGCAUCGUCCAGUCCUGCAACGUAGAGGCUUACGUCUUACCCAUCGGUCUUAGCAUGGGGGCUCUCAUCGCCAUCCUGGCCUGCAUUAUACUGCUGUUAGUAAUAGUAGUGCUUUUUGUGACCCUGAGGAGACACAAGAAUGAGCCUCUGAUUAUUAAGGAUGACGAGGAUGUCAGGGAGAACAUUAUCCGCUACGAUGACGAAGGAGGUGGCGAGGAGGACACGGAGGCCUUCGACAUCGCCACGCUGCAGAACCCGGACGGCAUCAACGGCUACCUGCCGCGCAAGGACAUCAAGCCCGACUUGCAGUUCAUGCCCCGUGCAGGCCAGCACUCGGGCCCGAACGGCGUGGACGUGGACGAAUUCAUCAACGUGCGGCUCCACGAGGCCGACAACGAUCCCACGGCUCCGCCUUAUGACUCCAUCCAGAUCUACGGAUACGAGGGCCGGGGAUCCAUUGCCGGCUCCCUCAGCUCACUGGAGACGGCGUCGUCGGACUCGGACCAGAACUAUGACUAUCUCAGGGAGUGGGGCCCGCGCUUCAGAAGACUUGGGGAGCUCUACUCUGUGGGCGAGAGCGACCGCGAGACCUGACCUUUGGUUUGUUAGACAAAAAGACCUUUCUGAUUUCUUUUACGUCCACAUACUUGUGUAUCAAAUGCUAGGGGGUUUGCUGGCUUUUAGAAACAGGUGUUUGAAAAAAAAAAAAAAUCACCUUUUUGUAUUCUUGUUAGAGUAAGGUAUAGCAAUUGCCAUCCACUACGUCGAGCGCAUUGUAAUUGUUGAGCCGAACAAUGUCUUUCCUAGGAAAUCUAUGAUUCUUGUGGAGUGUAUCUUAGAUUUCGUUGUGGAGUGUCUAGCAGUGUUUUGGGUGUUAGUCAUUUGCUGUGACUGCCGGUCGAGGAAAAACCCCGGGAGAUCGCUGGUGGUUGCCCGAUGAAAGGAACUCACGGAUAACGCCGGGUUCUCUGAAGCUUGAGCAGACACUCCAUGCUCCCUGGACAGCAAGCUGGACCUCAGGAGCUGCAGAGGGACACGUGUUUCACGUCUCCCUAAGCCACCCAGCCGAUCGGUGUUGUGAGACGAAAUGACAAUGAAAAAGCAAUAUAUGGUCUACAUUAAAAUGAUGAAUGUAUGUGUGAUUUGAAAAAAAAAAAUGAAAAAAGAAAAGCAAAAAGACAAACCAGUAUUGGCUUUAGGUGAAUUUGUUAGCAUUUGAUAUGUUCUCUGGUUGCCACCUUUGUAAACUAUAAAGGCCAGAGAGGCUUGCUUUAUACAACUCUUUGUAUUUACACGCUACACGGUGUGGGUCGCAAGUGUUACUAGCCUAUAAAAGACUGACGUGAAGACAAAAAAGAGAAAUGUAGAAACUCUGAGGCCUUCUUUUUACAGAAGCAACGUUAAAUACAAUUGUAAUCUACUGAGUUUUUUUUUGGUGAUGUGUUAAUUCUUCAUUAUCGUUGUAUGAAGUUUUUGUAUUUCUGUUCUUAAAUCUUUUAAUUUGUUUUACCCUGUGCUGACAAUUUGAAGUGAAUGUGUUUCGAUAAUUUCACAUUCAGCUGUUUUUUCAACCACUUGAACACUAUUUCACAGCAGCCAGACCACGUCAUCUAUUGCGGUUGAAACUAUAGACUAGAUAAGCAAGCAGAAUAGAGCUCUAACUAAACGCAACUAUGGGGAAAAUUGAAUUAAUUGGGACUGCAGGAAUGGGACCUUUCUGACACAUGCUGAUUCUGUGUAAAAUAUAUCUCGCAAUAUAUCCUGAGGUACAGCCAGUGAGCGUCUGAGCACAAUAGUCCAAUUGAUACCUGAGUAUUCGACUCUCGACAGACAUCAAAUCUCAUUUAGGAUACGCAGAUUGCAUCACCGAGGAAAAAUAAAGGACACAAAUCCAGACCAUGUGCAUAUUGUGCUUACACUGUAUGAUAUCAAUAAUAAAAGACUUGUUCUGUACAUAGAGUUACUGCUAACGUCAUUAGCUUUCAAUGAGGUGGUAGAUUUGUCUCUGCACGUUAGCUCUUGCACAUAAUGGGAAUUUCAAUGGCACUACAGCUGCGUGCAUACUCAGUUUGUACUGAUACAGUAUUAUGGCAGUUCUCAGUAGACUAAACAAUAUAUAUGGAAUAGUCCUACACGCAGAUCAUAUUUUGUACUGUGCUUUAAUGCUUAUAAAUGUGUAUGUUCAAUUAUUUACUCCCUGUACUGUAAUCUAAGAUACCCUGUAUUGUUUCCUACUUUGUGAAAUAUAUUUUUAUAAAUAUC